UUCCAAGUCCUUUUUACCUAUUUUCAUAAAAUUAUGAGUGCAAGGUUGAAUAUAUAUGUCGCUAGAGUUUCUAAAAUUCCGUGAAUAUUUUUCAACUUCAUAAUCAAAAUUCAAGAAACUUGAAUUUAAACUCUUCAAAAACAACUCAUUUUUAUGUAAGACACAAAAUCCUUGUUGUCAAAAGCCCACAGUAGACAACAGGUGAGAGAUACAAAUAUUUGUAUUCCCUUUCAUUUGUUAUAUAUAUAUACACACUUCACACUUCACACUUCACUCUUCACACUUCACAGCCAAGCAUAUACCUCCGACUUCCCAAAUUCUCCCAUCUUUUAACAUGAUGAACAAGGGGCUAUUUGACAUGUCUGAGAAUUCUUCUGAAAAUGUUUCUUGUGAUUUAUCAUUGAGCCUUAGUCAUGCUGCCCAACAAAAUGUAUUGGAAAGUAGCAAUGACAAUUCAGGGGUAAGAUCCUAUGUCAGAUCGAAAAUGCCCAGACUCCGAUGGACUGAUGAUCUUCACCACCACUUUGUGAAUGCUGUUGAGCUAGCUGGUGGAGUAGAUCGAGCAACUCCAAAGAUGGUGCUACAAGUCAUGGAUGUGAAGGGCCUCAACGUCAAUCAGGUUAAGAGUCACCUUCAGACGUACAGAAACGUUAUAGAUGAACAGAGGAUGAAAGCUGAAGAAGAAGGCGCAAAUGGGAGUAAGAGGCAUAGAAUGGAAUACGGUUCAGCUGAUCAACUGAAUUAUUCCCAUGGAAAUUUUCUUCGUUACGUCAAUGGCAAAGUUUUCUUUAAUGGACAUCCUAAUACGACAGCACCGACUAACCAUCCUGACCGAUUUGCCUCUGCACCUACUUUUUUUCCUCCUCCAACUCCAAGGAAACAUAUGCAAGAGGUGAGGGGAAAAACUAUCAUGGGGAUGGGAUUGGAAGGAAGUUCCAAUCCAUUCCCCAUGUUCAAGGAUUCCUUCAAUGGUCGCAAUGUUCAGGAUGGGAAUGGGAAUAAAAGGGUGCUAGAUGCUACUAGGUCUUUGGCAAACAAGAACAUACCAGAAAUAAUAGAAAUUUCAGAUGAUGAAGCAGAUUCCCAUAGCACUAUGUCCGUUGAGCCAUCUCCCAGUUCAGACGUCUCCGUUGAGCUCAGGCUUGGCUAAAAUCCUUUGGUCUCUCUUCUUAUCCCUCUACCUCAAGGAAAAAGAAGAAAAAUGGCUCUUUUAAUCCUUACUGUAUUGACUCUUUUUCUUUUUCUGAGUUUAUCCAACGAAGUAACGUUUAGCUUCUUUUUUUUUCGGUUCAAACUGAUCGAGCUACAAGCUAGGUUAGUUAGAACUUUGUAACUUUAAUCCGUUUUGUAAUGCACCUGAGACUGGCAAAAGGGUACUAGUAAGCUAUGCGAAUAGUUCAUAAUGUACUGCUUUUGUUUCAACUUUAUGAUAUUGUUGAAAUGUGUGU